AUGCACUAUCGCGACAUAAUUGCUGAACCUUCAGCUCCUCCUCCUGGAACAUCCGAGUUGGAUAUCUACUUCGCUCGCAGAUAUGGCCUCAAGCCUGGUACCGACUGGACACGCCUAUCGGAAGACUUGGCAAAGAUACGCCGCAAGUGUUCCUACGUUCGGAGGAAAUGGUAUUUCCCGAUGCUGGAGAAUCUUGGACCCGUCCCUGAGGGUUUGACCAACCCUCUUGGCACACCAAGCGCAGAUCUGAAUCUCUUCGAGAAGCUGCCAAGCGAUGUCAUGAACAGCAUCCUUCGUCUUCUUGAUGUCGAAUCUUUCCUCAGAUUUCGGAACGUAAAUGCCAAAGCGCACAGCUUGACAGAGACGGUUCUGGAUUGCAAAGAGGUCAUGGCUCAUGGCAGUGCCGCAGUUGUCAGCCUUGUUCGUACCGGGCUGAGUCCCUACGUCACCAUACGCGGCAUCCACAGUGUUCUCACCUCUCCCAAGUGUGGGUUCUGCUCUCGCUACGGAUCGUUGCUCUUCCUCCCCACAUGCACACGAACGUGCCAUAAGUGCCUGCAGACAUCGCCUCGUAUGGCUGUCAUUGGAACAGAGGAAAUUCUUCCGUACUAUGGACGAUUCUCCAUCUACGGAACUGACGACAAUCGCCCACGCCUCAUUGAGAAGAUCGAUCGUUCCUCCAUGCGAUCACUCAAAGUCCGGAACCAUAUACAUCCUGGCAGAAUGUUGAAGAAUACCAGAGCCGUCUUGGUGGACGAUGUCUUCAGCCAUCCAACUCUGGGCAUCGACACCUCUGACCCUGUCAAGGAGCUUUUCUACGGCGAAAUGCUGCACUACCGAACAGCAGCUACCAUCCACUUUCCCUUCUUCAACACCUCUACACGUGAAAUCGAACAAGGAUGCAGCUGUAGAGGCUGCCAUGAAGCUUUUGAGAACCGACACGUCCAGGCAAACGGAUCGCUUGGUGACGGGAGAAUCAACGCUGACGCUGAAAAGCGUGACCGAUGCUAUUCGCAUAAAGACUUCCAGGAGCACUACGAGACUUGUGAGCAUGCAAAGCAGAUCUGGAAGAAUCGCUUUGCUAACCUCGGUCGCGAGUCUUGGUUUGCUGCGAAUGGGGGCAUGCAUUGGGGGAUUAGCGAGCGAGUAGAAUAUUGUCGCCGAUUUGUAGACGACAUGCCAAUUUUGAACAACGAGGCCUUCUAG